GGUGUUGUGCUAGCUGCUUUGGCAACACCCAGCUGAUUGUUUGGUUUUCUUCUAUCUUACCCAAAAUUAAAAUAUGUAGCUAGUACAGCCAGAUCAACUAAUACAAUCACUGCUCUAUAGUUUGCAUCUUGGCAAAUGAGACUCCGUUGCGUAGCUUAGGAGCACUUGCAUGCCAUUGAUAACUCGAAACGUAUUGAUUUCAUGACAAGUUCUACUUUUGGGCCCACUCUUGGUCUGUCUUCCAUUGCUGCUCGUUCGUUUGCGUGGCAACUAUAACACGAUCAUUUUGCAUCAUCUUUUGUGCUCCACGACUCCGAAUAAGCGAUAAAGGCAAGAUGGAGAAGCAUGCCUUUUUGGCCAUUCGUUUCCCUUAUUCCUGAGGUCUGUGAAACAAAGCAGAACGUAAAAGCCUGUCAGUAUAUCCAUUUAAAAGUUACUUGAGCCAUAGAAGUGACUGCUUUUAUUCCCUCUCGACAUCAACAAUACUGACCUUGACUUCAUUCCCUCCCCUUGAAGAGAGGAAGAUAGGGAGAAGAACCUUCCCUCCCCCCGAGAGAGAGAGAUGGAUCCUUGCCCUUUCGUUAGGCUCAUCGUGGAGUCCCUCGCUUUAAAGCUACCGACGGUGUCCAAGCCGGCCGGACCCGGCGUCCACCCCUCGACCACCCCUUGCUUCUGCACUCUCCAACUCAAAGACCACCCUUCCUCUACCCAAACUGCCCCUCUCCCACUCGCCACCCCCUCUUCCUCCGACCCCUCCCCCACCGCCUCCACCCUGACGGAGACUCCCUCCGCCAUCUCCGCCACCCCGGUCGUCUUCAGCCUCGACCCGGCCGCUUUCCAGAAGCUCUCCAGCAAGCCGGCGAGCCUCGUCCUCUCGGUCUACGCGGGCCGGACCGGGAGCACCUGUGGGUUCAGCGCGGUGCGGUUGCUGGGCCGGGUGCGGGUCGGGCUAGACCUGGAGGCGCCGCCGGCUAGGGCGAUGGUGAUGCAAAGCGGGUGGGUGAGCGUGGGCGGCUGCCGGUCCGCGGCCCGGCUACACCUGGUUGUCCGGUCCGAGCCGGACCCCCGGUUCGUGUUCCAGUUCGGCGGCGAGCCGGAGUGCAGCCCAGUGGUGUACCAGAUCCAGGAAAACGGUGGCGGUCAUAGUGGGUGCCUUCGGCAGCCAGUUUUCAGCUGCCGCUUCUCCGCUGACCGCCGGCACAACACCAGAUCCAGAUCACUGCCAUCCAAUUCCCCCGACAGGACCAACAAAGGCUGGUUUGGUUGCUUCGGGAGCGAAAGAAGCCAUGUAAGGCGGGAACAGCGCAAGGGAUGGACGAUCACGAUCCACGAUCUCUCCGGCUCCCCGGUGGCCGCCGCAUCCAUGAUCACCCCCUUCGUCCCCUCGCCCGGCUCGGACCGGGUCUCCCGGUCCAACCCUGGGGCGUGGCUCAUCCUCCGGGCCACUGGCUCCUCCGGUUCGACCCCCAACUGGAAGCCGUGGGGCCGGCUCGAGGCCUGGCGGGAGCGGGGCCCAGUGGACGCCUUGGGCUAUAGGUUCGAGAUCGUCACUGACGCGGCCCCCACCGAACGGGUCCCAAUCGCCGAGUCCUCUUUGAGCGUCCGCAAAGGUGGUCAGUUUUCCAUCGAUCCCAGCGUCGCUGGUGACGUCGUGUCGACAUCAGAGCCGUUCGUUGGGGCAUUCGUGAUGGUGUCCACCGUAGAAGGGGAAGGGAAGGUCAGCAAGCCGAUGGUUCAAGUGGGGGUGCAACAUGUUUCCUGUAUGGCUGAUGUGGCACUAUUUAUAGCGCUAUCAGCAGCCGUUGAUCUCAGCAUGGACGCUUGUCAGUUGUUCUCUCAGAAGCUAAGAAAGGAGCUGUGCCAGGACCAACAGGAGUAUAGCCUUUAACUGUAUCAUCCAUUGCUCUUGGUCUGGUCAGAAGGGAGGUAUUGGCCACUUAUAUUCUUUUAUUAUUUUGUUGAUUAUUUUUCUCCUUUUGUUUUGUGGUUGCCUCUUGUAUUUGAUUAGUGAGGCUACCUUGAUGAAUGUUUGUGAGCUGAGUAGAUAAGCGGCUUUUGAUGCUUUUGGUUUUUUUCUCCUCUAAAUGUUGGAUUGGAGAGAACAUUGUGGGAUUUUGUUUAAGUUGAUAAACUGAUCAAGAUGGGGAUUCCAUCUUAUAAUUUCAUUUUAAA